AUGACGAGUUUAGACGACACUAUAAUAUCAAGGCAAAAUUUAUUAUUGCUGGACAAUGUAACCAACUACUCGAGACCUGCAAUCGACUAUUUUACACAGGGUUUCCAGGAUCAAGACAUUGCGAUGACUUGGAAGCUACUGCGGAAGAUGAGAAAUCAUAAAUUGUUAAGAUUACCAUCGUGUUCAUUUGAGAACGAUUUUGAUUAUCGUUUGUAUUUAUCGAGGCUUCACCAUACUCUUUGGCGAAGGUGGUCACAGCAGUUAUACGGUAUCGGCGGCAGGGCUGAUCCACUUUCUGUAAACUGGGACAAGGAUUUAGAUAUCACUGUACUCUACGGGCCCGAUCUGACUGGAUCAGAGGGUGGCAAGUGUGUACAAGAGGAAAAAGAGAAAGAACAAGAGGAAGAGGAAGAAGAAGAAGAGCAUGUUGAUGUUGAUGUUGAUGUUGAUGUUGAUGCGAAUUCCGCAGGAGUUUACUCGGAAGAUGAUGACGCAAGCGUUUAUUCUUCUUCAGUAUCUUCAAGCACAUCGUCAAUUUUUGAUCAAGUACCCAAAAGUCUAAGAUUUUCAGACACUGUUCUGCGUAGAGAUAUUGACUCAAUGGGACUUUGUCAUGAAUCGCAUAUAAUGAUGAAGAGGCCGAGAACCUCGCAUUACUGCGAGGGCUAUGACGCUAGGGACUGGAUUUAA